AUGUUCAAUUUCCAGGUGUUGUUCGCUGCCUUCGUAGCUUGCGCCGCAGCUGCUCCAGGUGUCCUCCUACACAGCGCCCCAGUAGUUGCUGUUCACGCCCCAGUAGUCCACAGUGUGCCCGUAGUGGGCUCUAAGACCACCAUCACUAAGAGCAGCCAAGUCGUCAGCCAUGGAUCUCCAGUGGUUCACGCCGUACACACCCCUAUUGUUUCCACCGUUCCCGUUGUUAAAUCAGUUGUUACCCCAGUCGUCCACGCUCCAGUUGUCCACGCACCAGUUGUCCACACAUCAGUGGUCCACGCACCAGUUGUCCAUGCUCCAGUAGUCCAUGCUCCAGUGGUUACCCCUGUUGUUGUUAAGACCGCUCCCUCAGCUGUAUCCCACAGCAGCUCAGUUGUCCACCAUGCCCCGAUCAAAGCAGUCCCCGUUCUCGCUAUCCACUAA